AAAAGGAAGAAGAAAUUUUGUUGAAAUCGUUGUGAAAAACGGCCAGGGGGUGCCGGGGAGCCGAGGAGGGGCGCUGGUGCAGCCGAACAGCUGUUUUCGUCGACACGUGGCGGAAGGAAACCUGGAGGGGACAGCCGGACAGAGGUCGCCCCCCUCCCCUCGGACUCCCUACGCCGGAUCCGAGCUAUAAUCAUGGCCGGGAGCUCAGAUUCGAUUGGAGACGACGACUGGCGACUGGAUUCUGGUGUCUGGUGCGAUGAAAAGACCGUGGGGAACGUGCGUGAGCCGGGGGGAAUGGGGCCACCACCUCUGCCUGGUGCAUCUACUGGACUGACCAGCAACAUCAACUGGUGCGAUGCGGAGGCUCGUCUCAUCGAGGUCGCCCCCCAGGAUGGCAGCAGUCGGCGCGUGGUCUUGUGGAAGGGGGUGGAGAAGCCGCGUUCCCUGGUCCUUGAGCCGCGUCGCGGGUACAUGUACAUGGACAGAGUCGCCUCGGACUCCAUACCAUACCAACCAUGGCCGGGAGCUCAUAUUCGACCAGGAGACGAGACGCCUCUACUAGAUGGCAAGAAGCGUCAGAUACUGGUUGCCAGCUAGGACUAAGUGUACUGGAGCGACUGGAGCACCGCGGACAUUUAUCAAGACGGGCCAGCCGCAGCCUCGCCAAGAACGUGCCCUGCAUUCCCCCCAGCUACGACAGACUGCCCAAAUGUGCCGCUGCCGGUGUUCUGGCAUGUCCAUGAAGGCGAGGCGUCUGCUCUUCUCAGCCAUCAGGCCAUCAUUCGGGCCCGAGUCGAUGGCAAUGAGCGUGUGGAACUGGAAGGAGUCACGGCGCUGGCCCUGGACCAACAGUCCGAUAAACCAUGCGUAUCGAACUUAUAGACAUCGAUGGAAAGAACAACCUUAUUUCGAUGCAAAUCUCGCAGGUAAUCAACAUUGCCGCCUUGGGGGAUUUGUGUACUGGCUGGACGACAAGACCGGAGUGGAACGGAUCACUGUCAACGAAGAGCGUCGUUCCGCGGAGCUGUAGGGUAUGCCGCAGAUCACCGACAUCAGUGCCUUGUGGACACCGGAUGGGAAAGUGCUGUGCAAAC